GCCCGAUUUGUGAAUGAACUAGUACCUGUCAGUGUGGUGCUGUCUUUUGUUGUAGGAGUCAGCCGCGGGCGGGCGAGCGACAUUGCAAUAUGAAGUAUAUCAUAGGUAUCGGAGGUGUGACCAACGGUGGCAAAACCACUCUGACGAAGAAAAUUAGUCGAGUGUUACCAAAUUGCUGUGUCGUACAUCAAGACGACUUUUAUAAGACACCAGAUCAAAUAGAAGUUGGGGAAGAUGGAUUUAAGCAAUGGGAUGUGAUCACAGCCCUCGACAUGGAGGCAAUGAUGAGUACUGUCAACGCCUGGAUUGACAACCCAGUAAAGUUUGCCCGAUCGCACGGAGUGAACGUCACUCCAGCCUCCGAUGAGCACAGCGAUCCAGAGAAAGGAGUGCAGAUAUUGAUAGUGGAAGGGUUCCUGUUGUAUAACUACAGGCCUUUGGUUUCACUGUUUAGUCGACGUUACUACUUGUCCCUUCCGUAUGAAGAAUGCAAGAGGAGGAGGAGUACAAGGAAUUAUACAGUUCCCGAUCCUCCUGGCUUGUUUGAUGGCCAUGUGUGGCCGAUGUAUCUAAAGCACAGGAAAGAGAUGGAGGCCAACAAUAUUGAUGUUGUGUAUCUGAAUGGUUUGAAGUCGAGGGAUGAAAUCUAUCUACAAGUGUAUGAAGAGAUUCAAAAUCGGAUCCUGAAUUCAUAGGUGUUGGUGUACUGAAGACUUGAAGAUCAAGUUGAAGUUGUAAAUAGUUGUCUGAAACUUUAUCCUCUUAGAUUAGUUGAUUGUAUAUAGAUUGGAAAUGGUUUAAGUUAUUUCAAUCUGCCUAUGAAGGCAGUUUUCGAAGCUUUAUAAUUUUUUAUGUGGGAUUUUCGGUUACUUUUUACUCAAUGUUAAUCCUGUAUAAUGAAUAUUGUAAACUAUAUUAUUGACGGAGUCAACAGGAAUUCUGCAGAUGCUGGAAAUUCAAGCAACACACAUAAAAGUUGCUGGUGAACGCAGCAGG